AUGGCUCAUGGCUCAACACAGCGGUACCCUUACACCGUUACCCAUACCCUUCUCACUCAUCUGCCAUGGCUCAGCGGUAGCACACACCAUUCACACCAACGUACUCAGGGGCAGCACACACACCACCGGGCGACCAGCGACAACUCAGCCCAGGCUAAGAGCAAUUUGAUGGGGGUUUUCAUGACAUUGCACAUAAACAUGGGGGUUUUCAGCAGCACACACAGCGAGAAAGUUCUCUGUGGACAGAAGGUGGUGGACCUCAGUGGGUUAGUCCCAUCGGGUCUCUUCACUCACCCGGGUUCAUGGGUUUCAUGCCCAAAUUGUCAGCUUUGUCCUUGGAGAACAACACGUUCUCAGGCAUGA